AUCUGUUUUAGGACCCUGAGAAUGUCUUCAUUUCCUGUUCAACACUGGAAUUUUGGUAUCGGCCCAAUAACGUGUCACGCUUGGAAUAAAGAUAGAACUUGUAUUGCUGUUUCACCGUCAAGUAAUGAAAUUCAUAUUUUUCAUUGGGAACAAGGUCAGUGGAAAUUAACUCAUUUGUUAAAAGAACACGACUUACCAGUUACUGGUUUGGAUUGGGCUCCAAAUACAAAUCGUAUUGUUUCAUGCUCGCAGGAUAAAAGUGCUUAUGUUUGGACAUUUGAUGGAACCAACUGGAAACCAGAGCUUGUUUUGGUUCGGAUAAAUCGUGCUGCAACUUGUGUUAAAUGGUCACCACUUGAAAAUAAAUUUGCUGUUGGAAGUAGUGAAAAAUUGGUCUCAGUUUGUUAUUAUGGAAGAGAAAACGAUUGGUGGAUUUCGAAACAAAUCAAAAAGCCUCUGCGCUCUACUGUUACUUGUAUUGAUUGGCAUCCUGACAAUAUAAUUUUAGCAGUAGGAGCUUGUGAUAUGAAGACUCGUGUUUUCUCGGCAUAUGUAAAGGAAGUCGAUGAGAAACCUACUCCUAAUCCAUGGGGAAUGAAGAUGCCAUUUGGUACUUUACUUUGUGAGGUGAAAAACUUGGGAUGGGUGCAUCAUGUUGCAUUUUCACCAUCAGGUUGUCGCCUUAUAUAUGUUGAUCAUGGAUCGUCGAUCUGCCUGAUCGAUACAAAUCAUUCAUUGGAUGAACCCAUUGUCUUAAAUACACCUUUUCUUCCUUUUACUUCUGUUCAGUGGAUAACUGAAAAUAGUGUAAUAGCUGCAGUAAGGGAAUUUCAGGGCCAUGACUCUACGCCAAUGUUAUUUAUGUAUACAAAUGAGACUCUUAAGUUCGUGACAAAGCUGGAUAUACCUUCUGAGCAGAAAUCAACUAACACCAACAGUGCUAUGCAAAAAUUCCGUAAUAUUGAUCGAAACGCUGCUUCCGAAGCCUUAAACAUUAAAUUAAAAACACUUCAUCAGAAUGCCAUAAUGCAAAUAUUACCUCAUUCUGGUCGUCAACAGAAUAUACAAAAAUUCACUACAUGUGGUAUCGAUGGUCUUAUCGCUUUAUGGGAUAUCAAGGUUUGUUUUUAA